CAGAAACAGAAACGACGACGAUCGAGGAACGGCACCAAGACCAAACGACAGGAGCUCCGACGUCGCCAUGGCCCGUCUCUUCCUCCGACCGAUCUGAUCCUCGCCGGGCUCCGAAUCCACAAUUUCAUCAUCGGCGGAAUGUGGUGAUGGGCCGCCGCCACGCCCACGUCCUUGUCUGCGUCGCCACGAGGAUCUGAAUAGGAGGAGGGAAUGGACGAGGAGAACAGUCUCCUGCAUUUUCUUGAUGAUACACCCAGUUCUCAUUACAGGAGGACAUGCGGUGGAUAUUCAUCCCAAAACGACGGCGAUGAUCACUCCGAUACAUCAGACGCAGAUCCAUCCAAUGCAAGGGACAGAUUGGAAACUCUACUUAACCAACCUGCCAACAAGUUCUGUGCAGAUUGUGGCACGCCAGAUCCAAAAUGGGCGGCUUUGCCUUUCGGUGCGUUCAUUUGCAUCAAGUGCUCUGGAACUCACAGAAGUCUUGGAGUACACAUAUCAAAGGUGAUUUCAGUGAAUCUAGACGAAUGGACAGAUGAGGAAGUCAAUUGUUUAGCUAAUUCAGGUGGAAAUGCUACUGUGAACACCAAAUAUGAAGCGUUUUUACCCGAAAACUACAAAAAGCCAAGACAAGAUUUUGCGACAGAGGACCGUGCUGUUUUCAUUAGGAAAAAAUACGAGCUUCAACAGUUUGUGACUAAUCCACAAUUUGCAUGCCCUUUGCACAAACAUGGAGCAGAAAAACGUCAUAACCAGCAACAUAGUGGCAGCAAACAUGGUACUUUCAGAAAUAGCUGGAGGAAAAAGGAAUCCGAAAACAAAGGAGGAAAAAAAAUGAUGGAUGUGGGCAUGGUAGAGUUCGUUGGAUUAAUUAAGGUCGACAUCAUAAGGGGCACAGAUUUAGCUGUUCGUGAUGUGAUGUCAAGUGAUCCAUAUGUUAUGAUUAUGCUAGGACACCAAUCCAUGAAAACAAAGGUGAUAAAGAACACACUGAACCCUAUAUGGAAUGAAAGAUUGAUGCUAUCAAUCCCUGAACCGGUGCCGCCUCUUAAAGUGCAAGUGUUCGACAAGGACACAUUCACCUCUGACGACCGAAUGGGAGAGGCUGAAGUUGAUAUCCAGCCAUUGAUCUCUGCAGCAAGAGAGUACCAGAGCUCCAUCAUCACAGAAUCGACACAGAUAUGCACAUUCUUGGCAAGCGAGAACAGCAUUCUAGCCAAGGACAGCAUUAUCUCGAUCGUCGAUGGUAAGGUGGAGCAGGAGAUUGCAUUGAGGCUUCAGAACGUCGAGCACGGGGAGCUUGAGAUCAAGCUCGAGUGCGUGCCCCUCAGUCAGUAGUGCGGUUUUUCACCGAGAUGAAAUGCUCCAUGGCUGCGAUCGAUACUAGCAUUGCUUUGCGCUACCCAGAGAAACAUUGCCUGUUGUGUCUACUCCAUGCCUGUAAUUGUCACGUUGAAGGUAUUUCAUGCAUGUGAUAUGUUGGAUAGAUAGGAAAAGAAACUUAAAAGUCAUCUACGGGACUCUAAUGUAGGCUUCAAAACUCCUUUUUGUACAUGGCAGAAUUAAGAGUUGUCUGAUUUUACA